AUGGCUGGAAGUCGGAGGGUGCUGGCGCUGAUGUGCGGUGCGCUGUACGUGGCAGCGGACGCAGUGGCUGCCCAAGUAAUUACGGGAGAUGUCGACGACUCGCUGCUGCUGGUUGUUGGGGACGUGACGUCCUCGUCGGCGCGCGUCCUGUAUGACCAAGUGCCUUCAUCCGCCUCGAAGCUGCAAGUGCGAGUGCACCAGACCAUGGCUCGGACGCAGGAAGACCUAGCAGGCUCUGCAAUAGGCCAGACGCUGGACUUUACACUUUCCGGGUCAACAGAGCAGCCUCGGGUUGUGGGGCUGGAGAAUCUGGAGCCCGGACGGAGAUAUGUCGUGCAGUUCGAAGUGGACGAGCCGAGAGAGACGGCGACCGUCAUGUUCCACACGGCGCGAGAGGAGCAGGGAGAUAAAUGCACGGACCGGGUACUUGUUGUGUCCUGCGACCGCUAUGUGGACGACCACGACGAUGUACUGAUGCAGAGGCUGGCGAGUGACGUUGAAGCCCACGACUAUGCUUUGGACUCGCCGUCGGUGCACUUCGGAAUGGCUCAUUUAGGUGACCAGAUAUAUGCGGACGCUGGAGAGUUGAGUAUUAAGGUGGUUGCGCUCCCUUUGAAGGAAAUGGAGGACAAGAAGUUUCGCCGGGCGAGAUUUGAGGAAAUUUUGAAUGAGUUUCGAGGGCUUUACAGGGAAACCUUCGGGAGGAAGGCGGCGCAACGCGUGCUGCGUAUUGGAGCGCAUUGGAUGAUCCCCGACGACCAUGAAAUCAUCAACAACUUCAACUUCGAGCUUGUUCAAAAAGCCUUCCAAGGUGCUAAAAAUUCUCUAUUGAGUGAAGAGGAGCGUGAGCGGUUUGUGGCACUCCAGCUGCAUUGCCGAGCUGGCCUGCAAGCCUAUUACGAGUUCCAGUAUCAGUUGUACCGUGAAUUUCCUUGGGGCAGCGUGGAUUUCCUCGAAGAUGCGCUUGGUGAGAUCCUUCGGGCUUACCCUGUGUACUUUGCAGUGGAAAUGCAGCAAGUUAAACUACUUUUCCUGGAUGUGCGCUUCGAGCGCAGCUUCUUCGAGGAGGAAGAGGACUUACCCAAGCUUUUGCAAACGUGGAGUCAAGACGAUCGAAGUGCAGCGGUUGUGUUUGCCAGCAUGCCGCUGUUUUUCCAGUCGGUGUUUUCUGCAGCGAUCGCUCACGUUGUCGAGCACGAGACGUAUCCUGGCAUGGCAGAGCAGAGAACUGGGCUAGAAGAUCUCUUUCGCAUUUUCCAAGGAUACAACCAACGACGACUUGAUUCAAAUGAAGAGGUGUCGCCGCUGCUUACGCCAGUAUUCGAGACUGCGUACUCAUGGGCUCGUUCACCUUGGUGUAUUGAGUAUGAGCGUGUGUUCCUCGGACGAAAUUACGGGUAA